AUGCUGCGGUUGCAGUGUGAGAGUUGGAACAGGAUGGAUAUCUCGCUGAAUUUCGUUCCAAUUCGCAAGCGCAGACUGCUGAAUUCAGCUGGUAUCGGGUCAUUAUUGUCGAUGUGUCCUGCGAAGAGGAAUUAUAUUUUCAAUGAGUUGAAAAUCCUCAGUCAUCAAUAUAAUAUUCAGAUCAAAUGUCCACGGGAUUUAAGUGACAUUAUUGAGAGUAAUGAUGCUGUAAACGCGUUAUUGUUGCUGAAUUUAAUACGAAAUGAGAGACCACAUUUAUAUGAAGAUGCUAUGCAAGCUGUAUGGGAACGUGUGUGGAGCCGAGAUGAACUGAAAUUACAAACUGCGCAUUUAUUUAAAAUGUGUCGUGAUAUUGGACUAGAAUUUCGAGAAUGUGACGAUAUUAUUUCUCGAAUCCAAAUUCAAUCAAAUGUUCAAAAUCUGAUGCAAGCAACCAAGGAAGCGGCUCUCAGUGGGGUACUGUCCGUGUUUAAUACUCCAUGGUUGGUGAUAAGAUCCACUAACGGUCAGUCGAUAGGGUUCAGUGGUAUCUUUUCGAUUCCAGUGAUUGAUUUUAUGUUAACAGAUAGGUCAGAUUUAUUCUCAAAAUGGGCCGUGCUCGAUGAGCGAUCAAAUGCCAACAAUGAGUCAAAGUUGUUUAAUCAGAACUUUAACAACAGUAGCAACAAGUUGAGUUUCACAGAAGAACCGCGAAGGACGCCACAUUUUCAGGAAUACGAUACGGUUGAAAAGCCGAAUCUUAGUUAUUCACAGCUCAUAAAGAUGGCCAUUGAAAACAGCAAAGAUAAACGAUGCACGUUGAGUGAAAUUUAUGCUUAUAUAACGUCGAAUUAUCCAUACUACCGCGCACAUGCUAAUCCCAGUUGGAAGAAUUCUAUCAGACAUAAUCUUAGUUUGAACAAACAAUUCAUUCGGGAGAGUCGUGAAAUCGGCGAUAACGGUAAAGGAUCAUAUUGGAGGUGUAUUGUGCAGAACGAAAGCGCAAGGGCAAGACGCUGUAAGAUGAACAGUGAAUGUGAAGGACCACGUUUGAAUCCAGCCAUUCAAAAAAUAUUCUGUUCACAAAAUCUAUCGGAUCAUGUAACAUCAGUUCAAAAAGCCAAUUACAAUGCAUCUGCUCAACUAGAAUCACCGUCCACAUCGUGUGAUUGUGAAAAUAUUAAUGAACGAUCUCAACAAGAAAACAUCAAUUUGUCAACUGAUGACGAUGUUUCUGAUAUUAAUCUUUUUGAAUCAAUGAAUCUUUCGGCCUCCUUUAAAGAUCUAUAUGAACAACUUUUUCAUGAUUCAAUGAAGACCAAUAAAGAAAAGAUGUAUUUCAUUGGGAACUAUCUUAAAUUUCAGUUUGCGCAAAUUGAUUGGCUGAAAUCAAGCCUAGAAACAAUUGGUUUGGAUUAUGAUGAUGAUGAAGAAAUGGAAAAUAUCGAUAUGGAACGAUUCAGAAAAUUAAUAGAACCUAGUAACAUUUUUGCUGAAAAAACAACUGCCCAACAAUCAACAGCUAUGUCACAGAAGUCAAGUGUACAAAAUCAUGAGAAGCAGAUCAAUGGUUUAUAUUUGUACGAUGCGAAUUGUUCACUAAAUGAACUCAACAAAGAUUUCUCAGUUGUUGAUUGUGCAUCGUUACAGGUUGUUAGUUCUAUACCUUUAAAACAUUUAUUUUAUUGA